AUGAUCUCCCGAACGACACAGCGUACGGCCUUGAGAAGCUUGCGCGAGCUGCGGCCUGCUGCCAUCUUGGGAGCAGCUGCGAGUACACGGCUCAUGUCAGUGAAGAUGAGCCGGCCACUGGAUUCAGACGAGGCGGGCAAUCAGUACUGGAAGACCUCCCUCGGAACGCAGAUCUAUCUUGACACACGGCUUGGCAAUGCAGAGUACGCUCUGCCGAAGCUGCCGCCGAACGAGCCUCCACCGCCCAACCAGAUGUUCGGUCAGUUCCUCGCGAUUCUCAUCAAGACGGCGAAAGUUGAGACAGUCCUGGAAAUUGGGACUGGGCCGGGAUGUCUUUCCACUACCUUCCUCGCGACACCGCUGCCGGCGCAGGGCCGCAUCGACGUGCUGGAGACGAGUACGACCAAGGCUGCGAAGGCGGAGAAAGCGUACCUUGACCUGAACUUCUUCCCGUUCCCAAAGGUGCACACAUCUGCGAGUUCACUUUCUCCUCCAGGAACGCAGGAGGGCUACGACCCGGAAGAGCGAGGCUACGAUCUCGCGUUCGUGCACGAUACAUCCGUAACGUUGGAGAACUUCAAAACUGCUCUGAAUGCAACGAAGAAGGGUGGUAUCAUUGUCUUGAAUGGCACCGUUCGGGAGGGCCGUGUUGCCAUCCCGCCCGAGUCGCAGGACGAGAACGACGACUACAUCGCCGUCGAGGCUCGAAAGAUCAACGAGUGGAUCAAGGCUGACACGGGCAAAACUGUGCUCGGCAGCUGUCUGCAGACUGUUGAUCGUGUUUGGGACGGCUUUACUGUCGUCUACAAGCGGUGA